AGGAAGGCACUUAAUGGUGUCUGUUCUGGAUGUUCCUACAGCAUCAUUGCCUCCCCAGGAGCCCCCAGCGAACACCAGUCCUCCACUGGAACCAAGUUCCUGAAAGUGUGCCUCAUUUUCUUCAUCUGCAUAGGAAGGAUGAUUAAGUGCCAUCCUCUACAGAGAUGUAUGGCUCCCUUCAACCACCCCACCCAGGACACCCAUGGGCAGCCAGGGACUGAUGAGCUCGCUGUGAGGCCUCUGAGACCGACCCACUUGCCCAGUCCUGUCCUGGGGGGGUGGGGGUGCUGUGACGGCAGAUGGGCGUGCCAGCCGCCAGAUUCCUGAGGCCCGCCCUGCAGUGGGCUACGCCCAGCCAGGGAGUCUCCAGAGGUGAGGCCGUUCUUUAAAAACUGGGAGCCAGGAGAGGAGCCCCCACAUUCAAGGGGUGCUCUCAGAGGCCAUCUGGAGAAAGAAGAGCAAGCAGCACGGAGCAAGGUGAGGGCCUCUGUGGGGAUUCCCCUAUUGGCUGAAAAUGAGGCCACUCCUACUCCUGGGUUUUGUCUUGCCCAGUUUCCUGUGUGCCCAGCAAGCCUGCUCCCGUGGGGCCUGCUACCCACCCGUUGGGGACCUGCUCAUUGGGAGGACCCGGUUUCUCCAUGCUUCAUCCACCUGUGGACUGACCAAGCCUGAGACCUACUGCACCCAGUAUGGCGAGUGGCGGAUGAAAUGUUGCAAGUGUGACUCCAGGUUGCCUCAUAAUUACAACGGCCACCGAGUGGAGAAUGUGGUUUCAUCCUCAGGCCCCAUGCGCUGGUGGCAGUCCCAGAAUGAUGUGAAUCCUGUCUCUCUGCAGUUGGACCUGGACAGGAGGUUCCAGCUUCAAGACAUCAUGAUGGAUUUUAAGGGGCCCUUGCCCGCCGGGAUGCUGAUUGAGCGGUCCGCAGACUUCGGCAACACCUGGCAGGUGUACCAGUACCUGGCUGCUGACUGCGCCUCCGUCUUCCCCCGGGUCCGUCAGGGCCGGCCUCAGAGCUGGCAGGAUGUUCGGUGCCAGUCCUUGCCCCAGAGGCCUAACGGGCAUGUGGACGGGGGGAAGGUUCAACUUAACAUCAUGGAUUUAGCAUCUGGGAUUCCAGCAACUCAAAGUCAAAAAAUUCAAGAGCUGGGGGAAAUCACAAACUUGAGAAUCAACUUCACCAGGCUGGCCCCUGUGCCCCAGAGAGGCUACCAUGCCCCCAGCGCCUACUAUGCAGUGUCCCAGUUGCGUCUACAGGGGAGCUGCUUCUGUCAUGGCCACGCUGACCGCUGUGCCCCUAAGCCUGGAGCCUCUUCCAGCCCCUCUACCACUGUGCAGGUCCACGAUAUCUGUGUCUGUCAACACAACACCGCCGGCCCCAAUUGUGAACGCUGUGCGCCCUUCUACAACAAUCGGCCCUGGAGACCUGCAGAUGACCAGGACCCCCAUGAAUGCCAACCGUGCGACUGCAACGGGCACUCUGAGACCUGUCACUUCGACCCAGCUGUGUUCGCCGCUAGCCAGGGGACGCACGGAGGUGUGUGUGACGACUGCCGGGACCACACCGAGGGCAAGAACUGUGAGCGGUGUCAGCUGCACUAUUUCCGCAACCGGCGUCCUGGAGCUCCCAUUCAAGAGACCUGUAUCCCCUGCGAGUGCGAUCCCGAUGGGGCAGUGCCAGGCGUUCCCUGCGACCCAGUGACUGGGCAGUGCGUGUGCAAGGAGCAUGUGCAGGGGGAGCGCUGUGACCUGUGCAAGCCGGGAUUUACAGGACUCACCUAUGCUAACCCACAGGGCUGCCACCGCUGUGACUGCAACAUCCUGGGGUCUCGUCGGGACAUGCCGUGUGAUGAGGAGAGCGGGCACUGCCUGUGUCUGCCCCACGUGGUGGGCCCCAAAUGUGACCAGUGCGCUCCCUACCACUGGAAGCUGGCCAGCGGUCGGGGCUGUGAGCCGUGUGCCUGUGACCCUCACAACUCCCUCAGCCCCCAGUGCAACCAGUUCACAGGGCAGUGCCCCUGUCGAGAAGGGUUCGGUGGCCUGACCUGCGACGCUGCAGCCCUCCGCCAGUGUCCUGACCGGACCUAUGGAGACACAGGCACAGGAUGCCGUGCCUGUGACUGUGACUUCCGGGGAACAGAGGGCCCAGGCUGUGACAAGGCCUCAGGCCGCUGCCUCUGCCGCCCUGGCUUGACCGGACCCCGCUGUGACCAAUGCCAACGAGGUUACUGUGACCGCUAUCCAGUGUGUGUGGCCUGCCACCCUUGCUUCCAGAGCUACGAUGCUGACCUCCGGGGGCAGGCCUUGCACCUCAGUGGCCUGCGCAAUGCCACUGCCAGCCUGUGGCCAGGGCUGGGUCUGGAGGAUCCUGGCCUGACUGCCCGGAUCAUGGGUGCAAAGAGCAAGAUGGAGCAGAUCCAAGCAAUUCUCGCCAGUGCCUCGGUCACCGAGCAGGAGGUGUCCCAGGUGGCCAAUGCCAUUUUCUCCAUCAGGCGGACUCUCCAGGGCCUGCAGCCUGAUCUGGCCCUAGAGGAGGAGACCUUGUCCCUCCCGGGAGACCUGGAGAAUCUGGACAGAAGCUUCAAUCGCCUGCUCAUUAUAUAUCAGAGCAAGAAGGAACAGUUUGAAAGGAUAAGCAGUACGGAUCCUUUAGGGGCCUUCCGGGUGCUGACUGCAGCCUACCAGCGGUCCUCCCAGGCUGCUCAGCAGGUCUCCGAUGGCUUCCACCUGCUCCUCCAGCUCAGGGACAGCCGGAGAGAGGCAGAGAGGCUGGAGGGGCAGGUGGGAGGAGGAACGGGAGCCGGAGGUCCCCAGCUCGCAGCUCUGAGCCUGGGGAUGGCUUCCUUGCCUGAUCUGAUGCCCACCAUCAACAAGCUCUGUGGGGGCUCCAGGCAGACGGCCUGUACCCCAGGAGCGUGCCCUGGAGAGCUGUGUCCCCGAGACAACGGCACGGCAUGUGGCUCUCACUGCAGAGGCGUCCUCCCCAAAGCGGGUGGGGCCUUCCGGACUGCGGGCCAGGUGGCCAGGCAGCUGCAGGGUUUCAACACCCAGCUCCAGCAGACCAGGCAGAUGAUCAGGGCAGCAGAGGAGGCCGCCUCGAAGGUGCAGUCAGAUGCUCAGCGCCUGGAGACCCAGGUGAGCGCCAGCCGCUCCCAGAUGGAGGAAGAUGUCAGACGCACACGACGCCUCAUCCAGCAGGUCCGAGACUUCCUGUCAGACCCUGACACUGAUGCAGCCACCAUCCAGGAGGUCAGUGAGGCCGUGCUGGCCCUGUGGCUGCCCACAGACUCCGCCACCGUCCUGCGGAAGAUGAAUGAGAUCCAGGCCAUCGCAGCCAGGCUACCCAAUGUGGACCUGGUGCUGUCGCAGACCAAGAAGGACAUUGCUCGGGCUCGCAGGCUCCAGGCUGAGGCUGAGCAGGCCAGGAGCCGAGCCCACGUGGUGGAGGGCCAGGUGGAGGAUGUGGUGGGGAACCUGCGUCAGGGCACAGUGGCACUGCAGGAGGCUCAGGACACCAUGCAAGGCACCAGCCGCUCCCUUCGGCUUAUCCAGGAAAGGGUUGCUGAGGUUCAGCAGGUGCUGGGGCCAGCGGAAAGACUGGUGGCCGGCAUGACGGAGCAGCUGGGUGACUUCCGGGCACGGAUGGAGGCGCUCCGCCUGCAGGCUAGGCAGCAGCGGGCACAGGCAGCUCAGGCCCAGCAGCUCGCGGAAGGCGCUGAACAGCAGGCGCUGAGCGCCCAGGAGGGAUUUGAGAGAAUAAAGCAAAAAUAUGCUGAAUUGAAGGACCAGUUGGGUCGUAGCCCCAUGCUGGGAGAGCAGGGAAGCCGGAUCCUGAGCGUCAAGACAGAGGCAGAGGAGUUAUUUGGGGAGACCAUGGAGAUGAUGGACAGGAUGAAAGACAUGGAGUUGGAGCUGCUUCGGGGGAGCCAGGCCAUCGAGCUUCGCUCGGCAGACCUGACGGGGCUGGAGAAGCACGUGGAACAGAUCCGCGACCACAUCAAUGGGCGUGUGCUCUACUAUGCCACCUGUAAGUGACGUGCCGGCUUCCAGCCCCUGGCCCUGCCCGUCUGCCCUCUUUAAUUCUGGAGGACAGACUGGGUUGGAAUGCUUUCCAGCUCCAGGAGACUUUUAUACAGCCGAAAGCACAGCGUGGUCCACCCCUGGUGUGCAGCUGUUAAGAUUGUUCUGGGCUGCAGCUGAGCCAGAGAUGAUGGGAAAUUACAUUUGAGAGACAGAGAGGGUGGAGGCGGGCCGUGCCUUUGUGACUGGGAGCUCUCAAGUGCAGGGAGCUUGACUGGGCGGCGUGCAUGCCCUUCAUCCUCCACUGAGGCUGAGUCCUGGACGAACCCAAAAUCUUAACAAAAAGUGAUGUACAAACUAAAAGCCCAAUAAAAAUCUUUGGAAAGAA